AGGCGUUUCAGUUUGGUAGCUUCCUUUUUCUCUUAUCUUGCCUUCACUCUCUCAUUUCCUGUCUUUUGCCUUUGUCAUUGACAGAAACAUAGCUCCUUCUUAUUAUUGGUUAUUAAUCGACAGAUACAUGGGGAAGUUAGUUCAUCAAUCAUAAUUUCUUUACCUCACUCAGGAUGGAUCAGGGUUUCUCUGCUACACAGAAAGCUCCAUCUCUUUUGCUGCUCAUUCAUUGAGCACCCGAUCAAUUGGAUCUCAUCACAUAUCGUUUUCCUCCAAUGCUUUGGUUCCUCAUUUCUCAAGUAUUACUUGCAACAUAUUAUAGAAAGAACUGAUGGGAUAAGCUGGUAUUGGCAAGAAAUAUAUUUUUCGUCACUUAAGCUGAUAUAAAAGGUCUAGUUCAGCAGUGACUAACCAGUUGUAUUUGGGUUUUAACCUCAUCAUCAGAGGACAUAUUGAGGCUUCAACCACUGAGAAAUGGAUCAACUUGAGAGCAAGGCUGAAUCAGAUAUUUUCAAGAAAGAUACAAUUGCAAGUACUGAAACUUUAGGUGUGGAUACUGAAGAAUAUGAGACCUCCUUUAAGCGGACAAAAACAAUGUCUAAGGUGUGGGAUGUCUUUGAAAAACUUCCAAUGCUACCAAAUGGAGGUCUGAAGGCUAUAUGUAAGUUCUGUAAGAAAGCUUUAACAGCUAAAGGUGGUACUUCUCAUUUAAAACGGCACAUGAAAGCAUGCGUUAAAAGAGAUAACCAUGACAUAAAAGAACAUGCAUUUUCUCCUGUGACUUUGCCAGCUAGGACUAAAUCCUUAAAGAAUCAUAAAUUUGAUUUGGGUGAGAUUCAUAGAGCACUCGCAAUGAUGGUUGUCCUUGAUGGAAAACAUUGAGGAUGGUUGAAAAUGUAGGUUUUAGACAUGUAAUGGCUGUUGCACUCCCUGACUUACCAGUGAUGAAUGUGAGAAAUAUUAAAAAGGAUAUGAUGUCCAUAUAUGUCAAAGAAAAGGAAAAUGUUUGUGCAUUGUUGGCAAAAUGCCCUGGUCGAAUUUGCUUAACAUCUUGUAGGUGGAAAUCCAAUACUGAUGAUCAUUAUAAUUGUGUCACUGCAUACUUCAUGGACCAUGAGUGGAAGUUGCAAAGAAGGAUUUUGCAAUUCAAACUUAUACCACCCCCAUAUGAUAGUUUGUCUAUUGGAGAUCAGAUAACUUCGUGCAUAGUCUAAUGGAAUAUUGAACACAAAGUUUUUAGCAUCACAUUGGACAGCUUGUCAGUUGAUAAUUGUGUGGCUUCCAUACUUAAAUCACGUCUUGAUGCAAAGAAGUAUAUUCCCUGUAAUGGUAUGUUCUUUAAUGUGCGCUGUUUUGCUCAAAUUAUGAAUUCAAUUGUAGAAGCUGGUUUGGAUCUUAUCAGAGAAAUCAUUGCAAAACUGUGUCUUGGUAUCAAGUAUGUGAAACAGUCACCACAUAGGAAGAAAAACUUUUAUAUCAUUGCUAAAAUUUUGAAUUUGGAUGCUAGGGAAAAGUUGUGCCUAGAUUAUCCUGCUAGGUGGGAUUCUGUAUAUCACAUGCUUGAAAUUGCUUUUCAGUAUAAGAGGGCAUUUCUUUGCUUGGGAGAACAGGAUAGAAAUUUUGCAUACACACUAUCAGAAUAUGAGUGGGAAAAAGUUAGUAUCUUGUGCAAAUUUUUGAAGGUCUUUUGCGUGGUAGCGCACAUGUUUUCAGGAAAUAGGUAUCUGACUGCUAAUUUGUAUUUCAAGGGGGUGUGGAAGAUUCAUAGGCACUUGUUGGAAGUAGUGACAGGCCCAGAAAAUUUCAUGACAUAUAUGGUCAAUGAAAUGCUAUUGAAAUUUACUGAAUAUUGGUCAGCAUGUAGCCUAAUGUUGUCAUGUGCUGCAAUAUCAUAUUGAUAGGAUUGUUGACAGUCUCCAUAGUUUUUUCAACGAGUAUGCCAAAAAUUCUUCCUCCUUUUCUGGCACUAGUGCGGGACCUGCUGUUACCGCUAAUGCCUCUUGUGAUGGAUAUUACAAUGAUGGAUUUGAAGACUACAAAGCAUUUCAAAGUGCUAGUUUUCAGACUCGAGUGCAGAGGUCAGAGCUGGAUCUUUAUUUAGAGGAGCCUAACCAUGAUUUAAAUAGUGAAAUAGAUGUCUUAGAAUAUUGGAGGUCAAGCUCAGUCAAAUAUCCAGAGCUUUCAAAAAUGGCUCGUGAUAUUUUGACUGUUCAAAUGUCCACAGUGGUUUUUAAUAACUUGUUUACCAUAGGUUGUCCGGUGAUAAACCCAUGUCGAAAUUCACUAAAACAGAAGACAAUACAAGCCUUGAUAUGUCUUCAAGAUUGGCUGCAGCCACUUGACACGGCAGGUCAUUAAUUCAACUGUGUUUCAGCUUCAAGUUUUUACCAUUCCAUGUAUAAAAUCUUAUUCAUUUACAACUUGUCUAGGGCAAUCUACCAGUUUGGAAAGUCUACCUGAUGAUGAUGACUCCAGUUCAAAUGAUGCAAUUGAUGAUGAUGAUGCUAAUUAGGCACUCCAAAUUAUGUGGAUUUUCUAUGGAAUGAGAUCGUUGGAAAAAUGUUUGUUGCUGACAUUGUCAGUUUAUAUGCUACAUUUUCCAAGCAAAUCCUCGUUACCCUUUAGUUUCUUCUUCGAUUCUGACUGUUGACAGGCUGUUGCUUUUGCUUGACAACCUCUGACAGGGAUCUGCACUCGAUUGAAAUUGUUGGUUAUAUAUUUUUCGUGCAAGUUUCUUCUUGAGCAUCUUUAUUGUUACCGUAGGGCAAUAGUCACAGUUGUGAAAGUUGACGAUUGUUCUACUAGUUUGAUUAUGAAUGCUCCAAUGACCCUUUCAAGCAGUAAUGAAUAGGUAUGUAAAUGGAAACACUUGCAUUCUGUGACUGAAUAGACAUCAUUCUUAGCCCCUCUUGGAAUUGAA